AAGGCGGGUUAUUAGCCUUUAACGUCAACCAGCAAUCCGAGACUGUCCGGGCCUCUAUAGCUAAUGCUACUGCAACAAUAUCCAAUCCUUUGAACAUUCGCCCUUCACGGUUUGCCCUGCUCAAAGCCACUCAAAUUCAGUCUCAGCAAGCACCACAGAAACUGCUGGCAGUUGGCAAUGGCUGGCCAUACACACGAGUCUAACGGACAUGAUUCUACGUCUACCUCACCUGCAUCAUCCAAGGCUCUACCCUCACCUGCAGGUACUCAUCGAUCCCUCACACCCAAAAAGCACUCGCUCGUUGACGACACUCUCAGUUCUAACGAACUUUGUUGCAUAUACCUCUCUAUCUCCUCCCGGCUUCUUGCAUAGGUCGUUAAGGGAUAAGCCACCCACGGAGUCUCCAUGCAGUUCUGCCGGGCCCAAAAUAAAAAUGGCAAAAAUGUGUCUAGAAUCUUCACUCUUCGCUCAUGUCUUUUCAGAAACAUACGGAUAUCUCAUUGCCACCCAUGCCCACGACGACUGUGAAACAGCCAAUUCUAAUUCAGUCGCCAAGACCUAUGUUGCCCGCUGGAACGGGCACGGACUGCAAGGGGAAACCCAAGGCCACACCUCUAAGGCGAGAGGCGGCGGCUCUAUCUAUCGAGGACCGACUACAACAUGCAGCGACCACCUACAAGCCAGGACUCCGGCCACUGAGCCGGGACCCAUGGCACUCCACGGAGGACCUGCGCCAGAUCGCCCCGGUACACCGCUUUCAGUCACGUCUCCAACCUUCUCCAGUUGUCCACUCAAGAACGUGGCAGAUCACUGGGGGGGAGGCGAUUGCAGCAUCGCAUUCGCAACCCGCAAUCAGCCUGGAGUUCUCCCAAGUUCUCCCACCCUCUCGACCCGAAGUUCUGCCGCAGUUCUGCCCACAACACUUCCGCCGGUUACCGAACCCAGACACCGCCUUUUUACCUCCCGGCUUAGGCUCGCAACUAGUCCACGUACGUUCCUCGCCCCUCAGUACUCAGGAUCUGAUAAUUAUUGAUUUGGGUGUCCGUCAUGCGGGAACCUCAGUAAGUCCCAAAAUCCUCAGAGACAAUCGCCUCGUUUUCACUCUUCCUGGACGCGCCAUAGUACCUUCGCGUACAUCACACAAUCAAAGUUUUGACGAUACCAUGAAGAUUCAGUUCACCUACCUCGCCAUUAUUGUCGCUGCCGCUGGGGUGAAGGCAGCUCUUAGUGAUGCCAAUGAAGGAGCUUACGGAAAGGCCUGCUUAGGGCUAUGCUACCGUGUUCAGCAUAACUGCUCGGACGAGUGGUCAUCAAAGUAUCAAUCUACCUCAGGCUGCUGGGACUGCUGCAAGUUCAACUGAGGAGUAGCCAUCGGAUCUGUACUCUACUAGUUACCUAGUAUCAUAGGCGCUGAAGGGGACUACAUGUGUAAAGUGUGAAAAGUGUGAAUGCUAAGUAGAAAGCGGCUGCAAUGAAAAUGAUUGGAAGAUAUGUUGAUGCGCCUCAGAAGGGACGAGCUGUGCAGCGUGCCUUGUUCACCGGUCUGAGUAUCAAAGCCACCACAUAAUUCAUGCGAUGGGGAGAUUACUCGGGGGAGGCAAUUGCAGCAGCACAUUCGCAACUCGCAAUCAGGUUGGUCGGACAGGGUGGCAAUGCGCAAAUUUUGUCGUCAUUGCCUUUACCCCAGUGGCAAGAAUGGCAAGGUAAGUGAUUUCAUGCAUCGACAGUAACAUCGACUAUCAUUGGGUGUGUUGGAAGGAAAAUUGUAAUGGAAGUU